CUGAACUACAUUUCCCACAAUCCACCACUGUCAUCGACCGUAGACUACGUACCUUCUAGAAACUUGACGAGCGUUCGAGUGCGUGCCUCUAUUUCAGAAUGUGUAGCUAACGUAUUUUGACCCAGCCUACUUCUCGUGGAGACACUAUUACAGAGACAGAGGCCAUUUAUUUUCCGCUCGACCUUACUAUUAUUAUUAUUCUUUCAUUCGGUCAGUGAAACUCGAGAAUGGAAAGUGUCUGUUUGCGGAUAUCAAAAUGAAAGACUGAACUACUAGUGGACGUCAGAGGAGGCUCAGCCUAACAACAAUAAUAAACUAUUGGCAGCAGGCAUUGCAGCUACACUGACAGGCCUCAGAACAAGUGGAUCCUGAUGCAUCAGCCUGCUCCCUCCAGCUCGGAGCUGAGCCUUCUGCCAGCCAUGUUUCCCUUUUCAGGCCCUGCAAGCCUCCCUGAAUUUGACUUCAGACCUCCGAGUUCAGCUGAGCACCAACUAAAGGCGACGAACUCCAGCAACAACUGGGAGAUGAGAUGUCUAAGAAAACACAGGAUCCUGGAUGAUGAAGGAUGCAGUGCCAAAAAAAGAAGGAUCAUGUCUGAGGCAGAACUGGACAUUUCACAGAACUCCAGGACUCCUCAAGAGUGGACCCAAACAAAUGGUUGCAAUGCUGCACGCGCCCAGACUGUUCUCCUGACUCCUCCACAGUCCUGCUCUGUCCAGCAGAGCUUAGCUGUGUCUCAGUCCGGCCCCCAAUCCCGGCCUGCCAGGGAGUCCUUCAGCAUGGAGGUAGAGGCAACUCAAAGAAAACUGCAGGAGAUUGAAGACAGAAUUACACUUGAAGAUGAUGAUGAGGAUCUGGAUGAAGAGCCGGUUCAGAGACGACCGGUGUUGGUGAUCUCCGACAGUUUGAAGGAGGGCCUGCAGCGCGGCAUCAGUGACAUCCUCCCCCACACUGUGACCCAGUCUUUGGCUCCUUCAGGAAUGGAGUUGGUGCUGUGGCGACCCCCACAAGAUCCUUUCUGUCAGAAGCUGAGGGACUCCUUACAGAAGCAGCGUAAACAUCAGGCCGCCUGUCGGCAGCUCCCGACUCCAUGUCCAUCACCGAACCCCCUCAGCCCCCCCAGCUCCCCCACAGAAACACACUUCUCCCUGUGUGCUUUUCCUGAGCCUCAAACAUCUGAAGAGGACAUGGAAAUGUAGAGCGGGUAUCAACCAUGCCAGCUGGACAAGUGACCCUUCAGUUGUGGAGCUCCCCGGUUUGGAGAGGGAGUUUGGAGCAGUUUUUGCUCCAAUUUGCCAAAAAGUCAUUACAUUUGUUUGUUGCAGGAGCUACACAGACAGUCCCCAGGUUGAUUUCAAACAUAUUUACGUUUUUUUUUUAAAUUAUUUGUCUGGUGAGCAGAACGCGGAUGUAUUGUGAAUAAGACUUUUUCACUAAAACUAUUAAUUUUUUUUCUUUUUAAGCUAAACUUUUUUUUUGUUUUUUUUUUCAUAAAAUGAGUUCAUCUUGGAAAAAUGUCAUCAAAUGUGAAUUACAAAGCUUGUUUUAUAAUUUUUGGUACAUUGCCUGAUUUGAAAACAGCCACUGAGUGUUAUGGCUUUAUAUCUGUUUCAUAAUAAAUAGUUACUGUUUGUGUA